AUGGCUGCGAAGAAGCAGGAGUGGCAAGUUAUGAAGCAGCUCCCUGUCCCCAUAGACAUCGGGCCAGAAUUCCAGUACCACUCUGUCUCUGUGUGCCCGGUGCUUAGGGAGCAGUCCAGUGACGAGAACCCCCCAAUGCCGAUGCCUUGUGGACAUGUUGUUUCCAAGCAGUCCAUCAUGAAGCUGUCGAAAAGCAGCUCGAGGUCCUUCAAGUGCCCCUACUGCCCCUCGGAGGCUGUGGCGUCGCAUUGCAAGCAGCUGCAUCUCUAG